AAAAAUGGCGUACAAUUUGGUUGCCCUCAUGAAGGCCGGACAUGUAGAUUUAUUAGUUUCAAGUUUAAUUGGGUAGGUCAACCAUUUACCAGUAUGUUAUCACAAGACAGCGAACAGGACGAAAGGGAACAAAUUCAGGAUGACAUUGAACGUCUACAACUUGCCUUGCAAGAAGAGGGCGAAUAUGAAGAUAGUGAAGAUGAAAAUAGUCUCCGCAUCGACCAAGAUUAUGUUCCUGAUUAUGACGGACGUCUACAUGCCAAGCCUGGUCCAAGUGGUAUCAACACAUAUGAUGAAGAUGAGACAGAAGAAGGGGACGAGACAGGCGAAGUACAGAUGGACAUGGCUGACCUGGCACAGCUGCAGAUGAUGGGGGAUGACGGUGAAAUCGUCAUCAAUCCAGAGACAUGUCUCGCCUUGAAUCGAGCUUACCAGGAAAUCCUUCUGGACCUUCUCAGGAAAAUAGAAAUAUCUCUCCAAGAAAACAGGAGUAAACAGACAUCUUUGGAGGAGGAGUUGACUGUCAAAUCAAGCAAGAAAAAUGCAUCUUCAUCAGAUCCAAACUCGGCAAUAAAGCCUCUCACAUGGUUUGGAGUUCCAUUUUUCAGAGAUGCUAAUGGAAGGCAUGCACCACAGAAUGAAGAUGUGAGAUUAAAACAGACACUUGGAGAAGUCAGACAGGACCACUUAACUCCAGUUUUAUGGUACCAGGUUCAGAGAGAUAUGCUGACAGAGGCAGUACAGAGGGAGGCUCAAGAGAGACUCAUCAGACCAUUAAUGAACAAGAAGGAAAUAGAAGCAGAAAAACACUUGUUAGCAGAUAAAAAUAAAAAAUCUAAGGUGAAAAAGGAGAUUGAAGCUACCCUGGAAGAUAUUGACACAAAGAUAGAAGCCAUAAGGCACUAUAGCCUUGAGGAACUCCUCGACCAACUUGAUCCAGAUGAUAUUGAUUGGAUGAAGAUAUCAAANGAGUGUUGGGAAAUUAUUUAUCUGUUGUAUUUUCAGUUUCUUGGAAAGCAUGGUCCUGAAGACUGCAAGAAGUUCUGGGUAAAUGUUCUACAGCCAAGAAUCAAUAAAGAUAAGUGGGUCCCCGAGGAAAGAGACCUUCUCCAGGAACUAGUCAUCAAACAUGAGAUGAAAAACUGGGACGUGAUAGCAACAGAGCUGGGGACAAGCCGAUCAGCUUACCAGUGCCUGCAGUAUUACCAACAGAAUCUGAAUGUGAACUUCAGCUCACGAGAGUGGACGGAGGAGGAAGAUGAAUUACUGAAGGAAGUAGUAGAUAACUGUAGACUAUCUCACAGAAUUUCAUGGAACCAGGUGUGCUACUUCAUUGAGGGGAGGAACUGGAAGCAGUGCCAACGUCGGUGGUUGCAGAUUGACCCAUCCACCAAGAGGGGGCGUUGGUCCGCAGAGGAGGACUGUUUGCUACUCAGUGCUGUUCAUCUGCAUGGGAAUGCCAACUGGAAGCUGAUCCAGGAGAUGGUUCCCGGACGGAGUGCUUACCAGUGUCGGGACCGGUACACCAACUGCCUAAAUCCCACCCUUAAACCACCUGCUGUCUGGACCUACGAAGAGGACAAAAAACUGCUUAAGUUUGCCAGCAAAUAUGCUCUCGAAGAUAGUUCAUGUAUAAGUUGGACAAAAGUUGCUGCAGAGAUGGAAGGACGGACAGACCACAUGGUCCUAUCCCGUUACAAGCGACUCAAGUCAUGGAAGGUCCGAUCUGAUUGGCUCAAAACACAAAAUGAUGAUACAAAGUCUUAUCUUGGUGCCCUGUUUAGCAAAGAAGGAGGUCGAGGAGACUCUCGGGCGCCAAUCACUGACUUUGAUGUUUCCCGUCUAGGAGCAUUUGCAUCAAGUGUACAGCGAAACGAUUAUCUCAAACAGAUACGGGACCAACAGGCAGGUGACAUUGUGGUACCCCGUCCGCCCCUGAGCUACAGGUACACGACCCGUAACAUGCAACAGCUGUGGCAGCGUAAGAUGCAGCUGAAGAGACUGGUGGUCGACCAUUUAGAGAAAACGAUGAGUAAGAGCACCACCUCACAGGACAAAAUGCUCAUACCCUCCAGAACCGCCAAAGAGUUUGUACCCUUUGGUAAAUUGAACAAAAAACAGCAGUUAGAAAUGGAUGGCCUGUUCAGGGAUAAAGACCCUUCCUCUGUAACGGUUUCUGAGAUGCUCGCCAUAACAAAAAAGUUCAAGGAAAGUGGAAGUGCAGCUUACAAAAAACGUGUACGUCGAUUUGACAAGGAUCGUCUCAUUGAAAACAAAAUGGCUGACAUUGUCCAGAUGAGAAACUACAUGUCUUUCAUGGUUACUCGUACCGGUGCAGGUCGUCCCAAAAAGUCUUAUAUAUUCCACCCCUAUGGAAAACCUCCAAGAAAAGAAACUCCCGAGAAUGUCGCACAGCUCACCUCUGUAUCUACAACUCUGAUGUUGUCGGCCCUUGAAGUCAAUGGUCACAAGGCUUUGCAAAAUGCCCAGAGAAAACCAGAAAACCAGAUGUCUCAAUCAGAGAAGGAUAACUUCAUAAUGUUGAAGAAACUUUUCCCACCAAUGCCAGCAUCCAUGAGAGCACAGCUUGCAUCAAAUUGCCUUCAAGGUCAAAAGGUCAUCUCUUCAGGUAAUGCUAUUCAAGGGCCACGGCCUGCUCCAGAAGCUGUUACGAAGGCAGUGGAUUCACUACAGGGGCUUACAGUGUCUGUAACCAAGGGAGUUCCUCAACUCUCAAGUGGGGAUAGAGGUUCUGGAUCAAAAGGUGGGAAAACUGUGACUAUUGUCAAACCAACCGCUCCACAAGGAUCUGUACCUCAGACCAGUAUCCAGAAAUCCAGUGCUGCUGUCAGUGGAAACACUUCAACUUCAAGUCCUCAAAUCACAGAUUUAAGAACAGCAGCACACUCUGGUUCACAAGGACUCUAUAAACAAACAGUGGUAAGCCGGAAACAUAGUUCAGCAGGUUCUGUUUUAGUGGGUCCUGGGCAACCAGUUGUUAAAACAGUUUCCAGGAUUGAACCAAAGUCAACGCAGUCACGCACUGGCAGUGUACCUGUUAGCACAACCUCGGCUAGUGCCAGUAUCAUUAUUAGCCAAGGAGCUACUGCACAGCCCGCCAGGGUUGUUGUUGUACAGAAACACGGAACACCUACCCCGAGUAACAUCCCGUUGCUCCCCCCAGGAGUGAAGAACCUAGAGGGAUUCGCUGGACUUCUCGUUCAGCGCCAGCUCCUCAUAGCCAGUGCAGGGUCCAUGUAUAAUGAUAAGUACUAUCAAAAUCUGACUAGGAAGAGAUCCUCACCGAUUCCUUCACAAUACAAGGAAGUGAAAGAAGAUGAAAGUCUGAUAAAGAAUGUGCUGGACUCAUUCAAGAAUAGCUCCAGUGCUGCUGUGGUGCGUGGAGCAAAGCAUAUAUACAAGAACUCUUUCACAAAGGAUAGCAGUGAAACUACCUCGCUGAAAGACCCACUGAGUGACAUCAGAAGUACGUCUGAUUUCCAGCUGCUCCAGAAGCGGUUUGAAGGUCUGUUUACAUGGCCAGCUUUGUUAUCUACUGUACAGGUUGGUGACAUCACAAGUCAGCAAGGUUUCAGUAGUCAAAUAUCAGGUAAAAAAGUGAGGAUAAACCAGCGGAAGAAAGUCCUGGCAAGUAGGCCAGCACAGCCAGAACCAGACAUUGAUAUGGGGGACCUUCUGGCUGCGGGAGAAAAUGCUUUCGCGGCCAAGGUGAAAAGUGCACUGGUAAAGACGAAAAGGAAAAGGUACCCUUGUGCUAACGGUAAAUUCUUCUAUCGCCAUCAGUUAAUGGACAGGGAACACAGACAGCAAAUCACACGCAAGAGGAUGGUAGCCAAGCGCCUCAACAAGGAGCUGCGUGAGCAGGGUAUUUCUGUGAAUGAUUUGAAUACAAAGUCAAAGCCACUGAAGAAAAGAUUGCAUCCAACACGCCAAAGUUCCAGACUCGCUCAAAAAGUGAAUGUUGUUAUGCCGGAACCUCUACCGGCAUCAAUGCCUGAACCACAAGUCCACAUUGAGAAAUUGGACAUGAGUGUAGAAGUGAAACUUGAGAAUUUCUACCAGAGGGAAGAUGACCAGGUGGGUCCAGGUCAAGGGUUGAUGAGAGACAAGAUUCAAAAUCGGCGUGUGACUGGAACUGUUCAGAGCCAAGGUCAGCUUCCCAAUCUGGGGGGAUUUAGUCCAUACAUCUUAGGACAAGAUAAUGUCAUACAGGACGAAAGUCUUAACAAUUCUGAAAAUAGCAGUGGAAUGCAGGACCAAAGUGAUAAUAGUGCUGUUGUGGGAAAAGAGAAACUAGAGCCAAUUGUGAAGGGUAAACCUUGUGUUGAUGUGAAUGGUUCUGAAUUAACCUCAGUGGUUGAUAGACCCCUGACACAAGAGGGUGUGACACCACUAGAUAUGGACAAUAGCUUCCAAGGGAUCAACUACAACAACGAAACAUCCAGGAAAUCCUCUGAACAAAACUCUCCAGGACCCAGUGUUCCCAAGAAAAUGAGAACUGAAAAGACAGGAAAUUCUAACGGAAACAGUGUAGAUAUGGGCACAGUUGAUGAAAGGACGACAGAUUCUGUGACACCAGUUCAGUCAAAUUCCACAACCGUUCUACAGGAGGCAGGAAUACAGACACCCUUGACAGCAGGACCUGUUAAGUCAACUCCUGUGAGCAUUCCCUGGGGAACAGGACUGCAGUCAUCCACAACAACAGGACCUUUUACUGUAUUCCCCGGAAUGGGCACUCCGUCUCCCCAGAAAUCAAAUCCUGUACACUUCAAGUCGAGCCCUGUUGCAAUCGGUGGUCUUUCACCCAUGACAACAGUGUCGGCCUCCAAUGUGGCAAUGCCAUUUACACAUCCCGAGUUUGCAGGUCAUGUGUUGUUUGCUAUUCCUGUCGACCAGCUUGCCCAAAGUUCUACUCCGGUGGCCCCUGGAGCUCCCAACCAAGAAGGUGUGUUUCCAGUCACCCUACUCAUCAAUGCCAAUAACCUACCAUUCUCAUCUCCAGUAAGGACCGGUGAAAAUGCAGAAAGUCCUUCAUCAACCAAUCAAAAUCAAGCCAAUCAGACGACAGCAGAAAGUAUAACAUCCAAUCAGACAGCAGCAAGUGCUUCAUCCAGUCAGACAGCAGAAAGUGUCAUUACAAAACAGACAAUAGAAAGUGCAGCAGACAAUCAGACAGUUGAAAAUGUAGCAGGCAAACCAGACAGUUGAAAGUGAAACAUAUAAUCAGAUUAUAUCAAAGUUUUUUUUUAGCAACCAGCCAGACAGCUGAUCAUGAAACUAUAACAUACAGUCAAACUAGACUAGCAUGCUGAGUCAGCAUGAAAAAGUCUGUUAGGGACUAUAUGUUUGAAAGAAGUCCAUACUAUAAGAUAUUCACAGUUAAUGCUAGACAAGGGUGAGCAGACAUAAAUCAUAUUUUGCAUGUAGUUGAUAUAUGUUUCCUAACAUUUUGCCACAUUUCCCCCCCAAAAUCAUGUUAAUUGUUGUUUUAUGAUCGUGGUGUCAAUACUUUUGAAAUAAGUGAACAAUUCAAUAUGUUGAAAGAUUUGCAAAAUACAGUAUUAUUUAUGCACAUUGGUCUGUGUCUUUGAUCAUAAUCUUUAAUUGUCAUAUGUUUAUAGCUGAUCGUCAUUCUGAUUUAGAUGUUUUUUCUUCAGAAAUACCCACAAAAAGUUGAAUUUCUGAAAAAAUACUGCAGAGUCAAUCAACUUCUAUAAUUCUUUAUAUGCCAACAACUGUAUUUUCUGCAAAUGUUUGUGGAAUUAAAACUAAACUCAUUCUAUUGAACAAAGUAAGUGAUUUGUUUUUUGUAUUCAAUACCAAGUAUGUGUAA